AUGGCCAAGAAGACCGCCAUUGGUAUUGACCUGGGCACCACGUACAGCUGCGUGGGAGUUUGGAAGAACGACGGUGUCGAGAUCAUUGCCAAUGAUCAAGGCAACCGGACCACUCCUUCCUAUGUGGCCUUCACGGACACCGAGCGCCUGAUCGGCGAUGCAGCCAAGAACCAGGUCGCUCGAAAUCCCGAGAACACGGUGUUCGACGCCAAGCGCCUGAUUGGCCGCAAAUUCAACGACCCUAUCGUGCAGGCGGACAUCAAGCUGUGGCCCUUUAAGUGCGUCUCCGGUCCCAGCGACAAGCCGCUCAUCGUGGUCACUGUGGAGGGCGAGGAGAAGAAGUUCCAUCCGGAAGAGAUUUCGUCGAUGGUGCUCCUUAAGAUGAAGGAGACGGCGGAGGCCUACCUUGGUUCCAAGAUCAACGACGCCGUCGUGACGGUGCCCGCGUACUUCAACGAUUCGCAGCGCCAGGCCACCAAGGAUGCAGGAACAAUCUCGGGCAUGAACGUUCUACGCAUCAUCAACGAGCCGACCGCGGCGGCGAUCGCAUACGGCCUCGACAAGAAGCUUGCCUUCAAAGUGCUUGACAAACGUUGUGAACUGUGCGAGAGUGUGAAGGGAUCCGGAGAGCGCAACGUCCUCAUCUACGACAUGGGAGGAGGCACUUUCGAUGUCUCCCUCCUGACCAUCGAGGAUGGUAUCUUCGAGGUGAAGGCCACGGCAGGCGACACCCACCUGGGUGGCGAGGACUUCGACAACCGCGUGGUGGACUUCUGCAUCCAAGACUUCAAGCGAAAGAACCGCGGCAAGGACAUGGACGAGUUCGAGGCCAAGCAGAAGGAGCUCGAGGGCAUCGUGAACCCCAUCAUGAUGAAAGUCUACCAGGCGGCUGGCGGCGGCGGCAUGCCCGAGGGCGGCAUGCCGGGUGGCGGCAUGGGCGGUGCCCCUGGUGGCGCCAGCGGCCCCACCGUUGAGGAGGUUGACUAG